UGCGCUAAUAUUACAAAUAUAAUAAUAGAGGGGGCACUUAUUGAGGGGGGCACUCCAGCUUAUUGAGCAAUUACAGGACCUUAAUUUUUGAUAUUACAUGUAGGUUAGAACCCUGGUAACUUGAACUCUGAAGGGAGACAAAAAACAGUUUGAGUUUAUAGAUGGGUUAGGUUAUGGCGAUCGACUUGAUAUUCAAUUUGCCGUUUUAAAAAUAAUAGUUACUGAUUUUUCAGAACUUCAGUAGCUUUCAUUGUAUAGUGCAGUGCAAAUUUAACUUAUUUCAUCGGAGACGGUGACAUGAUUAGGUAUUUCUGUGAUAAAACGUGAUCUGUUCAUUGAACCAAUGAAAAUCAAAUUGCUGUAGUGUUAGUUUUAGUGUGUUUAUCGACUAUACAACAAGAAGAGCUGAUGGAAUGACAUCUGAUCAAGGACCAGAAUUCGAGUUAUCACCUUGGGUAAAUUUCAGUGAAUUUCUGACCAAGGGAAAGGAAAUUUAGUUCGAGUUAGCAGGUAAUUCAAGUUAUCCUAGUUCAUGUUAACCUUGUAAAAAUGGCUGGAAAGUGGGGUGAAAUCCAUGGGAAAUGGGACUUUGUUCAAGUUAGUGGGGAGUUUGAGUUUAUACUGUGGUUCACUGUAUUAGUGUGAAUUCAAAUCUUUUUUAUUAUUACUUCACCAACAGCUCAAGAAAAAAGAAAAGAAGGGUAACACAAGGCUCAGAAAGCAAAGAUUCAGAUGUAAACAAACCUGACAGCAAGUCUGUCUCAGAAGUGGUAAGUGGUGUGUAUCAUUUUAAGAGCAUUUUUUGUGAUUUGUACACAAAGUUGAUCUUUGAUACUAGCUGUAGCUAUUAUCUGUGGUGCACUGUUCUUGCAGGUGGAAAGCCCAGAGCUACCCAAAAUUGAGAUUGAAAUUCCCAGCCAGCUGAAGCUUAAACUUGAAGAUGAUUGUUACUUUAUUAAAAGAAAAAAAAAGGUAUAGCACUUGUAAAGAACUGAAGUGACAAUUAUUGUCCAUGAGAUUUUCAUCCCUGAUUUUGAUAUUUCUGGGUGUAUACGUAAUAUAUUUAUUCAUUCAUUAUUCAAAGUCUUAAUUAGCUAUUCAGAUAUUGUUAAUGCUUGUAUAAUUUUUGAGGUACAAUCCAUUUUCAGUAUCCUGCAACUCAAUGGAACAGUGUAGGCAAUUAUUCUGUUCUAGGGACCAUGAUCACUUUUUAGGUAUAAGUAAGUAUAUGAAUAAGUGUAGCAUUAUGACUAAACUUACGUAGACAUGAUUUUAUUUUCAGCUUGUACAACUUCCUAGAACUCCAAAUGUUGCUCAACUUUUAAGUGAAUACUUUCAACAUUGUAAGGACUUUUAUCCAGGUCAAAGGUGAGUGUUGUCCUGUGUUUGUUUCAUUUGAUUAAAGCAAGAUCCAACCAAAUAACUAGUAUGUGAAUGACCAUUUUUUACUUUUGGGGGAAUAAAUUUGAGAUUACUGAAAGUGGCACCCUGUGAAAGUGUACCAGUGGCUAAAACAGUAAUAAUUGCGUUCAACAUUAGGAGAACACAAUUCUUAAUCUUGGGAUUCCUGUGUUACUUGGUUAUCGAGUGGUACUCAGGGUGACCUUUUCAGCAAGUUCUUUUCGUAGUACAUCUGCAUUUUCAGCACCAUUUUGAAUUACCGGUACUUAAUAUCGGCACAUGCAUCACCCUGCUGGCUCCAUCAAGGUUGACAAUAAGGUCAAGUUAAAAGCAUGGCUGAGUUCAGCAAAUGAAUGAAACUUGGAGUUGUUCUCAAAGGGGGUUUUAUUGCUGAGCUGGUGAUUCUGCUACACCUUUGUCGGUGUUACAGACAGCAUUGUUAGAUCAAGAGUUGUUAUACUGGUCAAUACAAGCUGAAACUUGGAAAAAACAAAUAAACACUAGGUAACAUUUUUGCUGUCUGUGCUCUCUAAUGAGGAAUUUACCUGUGCAAUUGGGUCUGCACGAAAAUCAUUCUGGAAUAGAGUACAUUUGAAGAAUUUUACCCGUGUAUCAGUAAUGCCUUUAUUUCCAUGUCUGAUAUAUCCAUGCAGGAUUUUGUUGAUAAGACCAUCUUCCCUCGGAAGCAAAAUACAUUUAAGACACAAUGAACUGACCAGGACUGGUUGAAGAUGAACAGUUUGCAUAAAAGUGAAAGAUUUUGUUCUUUUUUAGUGAUGUUCGGUUUGCUGACAUCUGUAAUCUGGCAAAAACCUGAUAUGUUUCUUUCACUUCUAUGUUCAUGUUUAAAAGUUGUUGUUGUGUCACGCACAAAGCCAGGGAUUGCCUCUUGUGAGGUUACCAUGCUUUUGAAAGUUUGUAGUGGCGUGUCUAUUUUUGUUUACGAUUAGUACUUCUAAUUUUUAUUGACCCUACUUGAGGGUGAGUAAGACAUGUUAAAAAUAAAGCCAUUGAUCUGUAGAGCAUAGGAAGAAUUUUAAUUGAUUUACAAAACCUUUUAUGAUCUUUAUCCUAUUUUGGAAAAAAGCUUGAAGGUAAAGCUAACCUGGGGUUAAGAAAAUUCGAACACACUCGUUAAUCUCUGAUUACUAAAAAAAUUAAUAUUUUUUGACACUUAGUGAGGGUUGGAGGUUCAUAACUGCUUGGCAUAUGUUUCGUUUUAUUUGUUUUUAUUAUUGUCACCUACCCUAAUUAUUUUAUUUAGAAAAUACAACAUACAACUCUUUUGUGUACUGUAUACUCUCCCCCCCCCAUAAUUUUACACAUAAUAUGUAAACAUUUUUUUGCUUUUUCAAGUAAUAAUUAAGCACCUGCAUGUAAAACAGCUUUUAAAAAGCUCCAGGAAAUGUUAAUUUUUAAAAAUCACAGUAUGACAAUAAGUGCAUGGUUAUCCCUAUCUUUCUUUUAGGAACCUGUAUUAUGCUAAUUAGGCCUUACAAUAAAACAUUGUUGUACCCCUCAGUACUUAUUGAAUUGGUACUUAAGACUGGUAUUGUAGCUACAGUAGGUUGGGGUGUGUCAUAUCACUUAAACAUAUUUUUAUGAUGUAAUGGCAGUAGCAUUGUUGAACUGUCAAUUUACAGGGGCACCCAACGUCAAUUUUUGGAAAAUAUCUGUUUGGAAGACGAUUUGAGAUCUAGAAUUUUUGAAACAUUUGUUGUAAAAUUUCUUGCUUGCCUGCCUCUCCUAGGAUUUUCGAACAUCUAAAAAAUGGUAUAAUUGCCCAUUUUUAUCGGAUUUUUAGCCUAAAAAGGUCACCUAGAUUUUUCGGGAGCCCUUUUUCUGGCUGAAAUUUUCGAAAAAGUAAGUUUUGAUCCCUAUAAUUUUCGGAUCACUAGACUUUUAGCUAGGAAAACUGAACAGAUGAAACAUUUUUAGGGGUUAAAAAUAUGCCUAUAUCUACCGUUUUAAUACUAAAAUACGUUAAACAAUGCUAUGUUUAACUGGUUUUGAACUAUAUUCUCGUUGGGUGUCCCUGAAUUUCACACUGGACUUGCAACCUUAUGAUCUGGAGGUCAACUCCUACCCUGACUGCUGGCUGCGGAUUUUAUUUCUUAGCUUAAUAAUUUUGCUAUGCUUGUAAAUAGCCAACUGGUCAAGAUUUGCCUCUUGCCGGUUGGGAUUCUGCUUAGUCAGUCAUUUGCUUGUUCCCAAGCGUUUCAGAUAAAUACCUGAAGUUUUGGUAAACAAAAUACAUUUAUUUUUUUAUAUAUUUUUUAGCAUGUUCAGAUAUUUCUCCAGUAGAACACCAGUAAGUUAGUCGCUGUUUCGCUCCAAGUAACAAGAAUGUCCUAUUUAAAGAUGGCCAUAGCACUUCUGUAAAAUAAUGUUGUAUUUGAGUGGUAUUCACGCCCCUAUCUUAUGAAAGGAAGUAGCAGCUGGGAUCAUCCCUUCAUCCAUCAAGCUCCAGAUCAUGUGCAUGCAUACCACUUAUCCUUCAUUUGUACUACUGACACUAUUUUAUUUAAUUCUUGUUUUAUUACAGCUCCAACUUGAUCAAAGAAGUUAUGGAUGGGCUUCGAAUCUACUUUGAUUUUACUCUUCCAACAUUGCUGUUGUAUAACUUUGAACGUGAGCAAUAUCAGACAGUGAUGAAGCUUGUGCCUCAUCCAGCAGAAUUAACUAAAGAAACACAUCAUAAUGAUGAAAUCAAUGGUAAAACAACAUUAGAGGAUAAAUAUGGAGUUGUCAGCUCAUCAACGGAGAGCUCUCCAGUCAGGCAGGUCGAGUUUUCAAAGGCACUGACAAAUACAACUGAAACAAAAGAAGGUAGCUAUAUUGUAAUUAGCCCUUUAAGCACCAAUAUCCACAUACAAAUUCUCCAAACUGAUCUCCAUAUAUUUCCUUAAGUAUUAGUUGAAAGAAUUUGUUAAGAGAUGAAAGCAUUUUCCCCUUGGUGAUCAUUUUAUCAAUUCUCCUAACCUUUUUUCUUGAUGAUUUAUGGAUAUUGUUAGAAGAAGAUUUAUGUUGGUACUGACCUCUUGGGACUUAAGGGUUAAUCAUAAGUUCAGGUUAUGUUCAGAUCGAGUUCGGAGAGUACAAAUGGUCAUUUUCUUGCACCUCUGCGGGUUUAGGCUCAUGUUGUCAAACCUUCUUACUAUAGACCCUGUUCUUAAUAUAGACACGGAAGGGGGAAAUCCAUGUGUCCCUCAUUACAGAGGUGUCCGUAAGAUUGGGAUCUGUAGGACUAUGUCAAGGGUCGGUAAUUAAAUAGAGAGGUGACUGUAACGGUAAAUAGAGAGGUUGUACUGUAUCCACGUCAAACUAUUUUUAAUGGACUGGUGUAUGUUUUGAAGUAAUCCCGGCUAAACAGGCUUUGGUUAGGAUGCUGUGAACUCGGAAACAUUUUCAAACAAUAAUGAAACAACGUUUUUAACAAGUGAAUUCGGCUUUCUUAUAAUCGAAGAAUUAUACAGAUCUCAGAGGGUGCUAUUCGCAUCAGCUUCCGGCUUCAGCCAAUGACACCCUCCUCAAUCUCCAUUAUUCUUCAUAAUCCUUUAUAGCACACUCAGCCUGAUUCAGUAAUUGCUAAUGCAGGGGUUUCAAUAGUAGCCGGGUAGCGGGUAGAUCUACCCGCUUGCAACGGGCUGAUUACCCGCUUGGAGCCUUCACAUGAACGUCAACUAAGACCAGAUAAUUUCAUCUCAGCUCCGAAUUCUUGCCCAAAAAUUUGGCAAAAUAGGUUUUGACUAUGACUACUUCAUUGUAACAUAAUUCUCUUCAAAUUUGUUUAAAUUUUGACUUAGGAGCAAAAAAAUGUAAAACAAAGCAACAAAAAAAGACCUGAAAAUUCUGCGAGAGUCUAGAAUCAAAAUUUUCCGGGGAGCAUGACCCCCUAGGGUCGAAUGGCAAAUAUGCCAUCCUGUUACUCUUAAGUACCCACUUAUGCAAAAACUUAUUGAAACCCCUGCUAAUGGCUGCCAUCCUGUAACACAUACCAGUUUAUCAUAUUCCAUCAUUCAUGAUCAGUAUGUGUAAGUCUAUUUGAACUGUUAUAACGGCGAAUUUACUGUUUUAACGUUUCAGCGAAGCACGAACGUUCGUUACGUCGCCGUAUACCCAGAAAUUCAGGAACUUCCCCUGAGGCUUCCCAGUCUGCAACCGUAUCAUCCACCUCAUCAAUCCCAGAAAGCAAUGCACCCCCAGCAAAACGGGUGAGAUACACUACUGACAACAAGACUAACAACGCCACUUCUUAAAUCUUGUAAGGGUCCACCGUUCCUCGCCAUCUUGUGGUCUCCCAUAACCUGAGUAACUGAAAGAUACUUGUGGACCACUCCAAUGAUACUGAGGUCAUCACCACUCUUUUCCCUGAGAAUUGCGAUCUGACUUCUGGCAGACGGGUCGACUUCGAUUUCAGACGACCCGACCUGGUUCGUGCGCACUAGACAACCUUUUUUGCACGCUUUUCUUAUGUACAGGACACAUAUUCAUACCUUCCGACUUGCUAGUUAUCCGUUAAAUGUAUUUCAGUGAUUUUUUGCGUCAAUUUUUCCGCGCAACUAGUAUCGAAAUAUCGUGUUACUGUGUGUUACGCUUAGUCAGUUGUGACUUCACCGAAAAAACCUUUUGGUUGUUUUCCUUUGGAACAUCCAAGAACUUGCAACAUUAGAUAGCGCUAUUGCCCGUUUAACCUGCGAGCAAGCCCCCCAUUUCUCUGCCCGCCGCUCGCUCGCGCGUAAUCCCAAAUAGAGAGCUUGUUCACAGGCUAUUAUCCGGCUGAACUACUGUAGGAACUAGCGUGACUUCAUGGUGAAUACAUGCACAAAUAUAUUCUUCUCUACCACUGGCUUUUCCAAAGGUACUAAAACAUGAGGACCAUCCGCACCUCCCUGCGUAGUUUUACUUUAAUUAACUGAUAAAUUGAUUAAGUGUAUAUUUACUUUUUGUCUUCACAGAAAGCGGUGGAGAUUGAAGAUGUGGAGAUAAAUAUCCCUGAAGCUCCCCUACCAUCCAACGCGUUUCCAACUUCACCAAUCCCAAGAUCGCUGAGCGAUCCCACACACAUAAUGCCUUCACAAGUUUACGGUCCUGAGCAUUUGUUAAGACUAUUUGGUAAGAUAUCAUAACAUAACUAGCUGUACGUGUUCGGGUACUUAACAGAUUAUAUUUUUCAUCCAUGGCGGGUAUUAUGAGUAGUUCUUUUGCAAUAUAAUGUGCAUGUUACUGAGGGCAGCAAUGAAUGCGGCGUAAUUCACUGUCUGCUCAAUGUUUUGUUUAGUUAAACUUCCUGGGCUGCUUGCACGGACAGAUAUGCCUGAAAAGAAUCUCUCGGUCCUUCUGGAACAAAUCAACAUAUUUCUCAGGUAUGUUACAAACAUCACUAUACCACAAUUAAUGAAGUCGAAGAGUUUAUUGAGGGUCGAGUAAGAUUUCACGAAUAGCCCCUUGAAACAUACUUAAGCCUCAUCUUAACUCGGAUGGUCACAGCCAUCUUCUGUUGGAAGUAGCCAGUCUUGUUCCAUUCAAGUGUACAAAUUUAAUGUAGGUACUUCCAUUAAUUCGUGAUUUUGGGACAUUCCGAACACAACAUUCAUUUUUAAACGCCCCAGCAUAACAAAUGGUUUGUUUUUCUUGUGUAAAUCUAAGGAAUGAUUCGUUUGGGAAGUCUUGUUCACGUUGCGGAAUUCUAUAAAAUGUCCCAAUCACUUCCCGUAAAUUUACUAGAGAUGUUCUGAGUGCUUUUUAUGGUGGUCAGAAAUUCGUUUAACCUUCAUUCAUUUUGCAUGAUUUUGCCGAAGUUUGCCUUAUACACCAAAAGUUUACAAGAAAGGUACAAAAGCACACGUACAAAGAUCAAUUAUGUCGUGCCGGGUAGUUUUGUUUGUUUGCUUUUUGUUUUUUGAAAAGAGGCAUCUCAGUGACAUCAUACUUAAAUCUAGGAAGUAGCUAGUCGUUAAACGUAAAGAAAGUAAAUUUGAUGUAGGAGCAAACCGCAAAAUCAUGUCCGAUACAAUUAAACGUAAUUAACAACGCAGUGAAACAUUUCACAAAAAACCUCUAGCUGAACUUUUUAGCCUGUGACUUGGCUUGUUGAGGUGUGUCGAUAGUAGGUACUCUUCAUUCACGUGCAGAAUACAGGCAAUCAGAGCGGGCAUCGAAAUAUGAAAGCGAGCGUCUGAGCUUCACCGGGUUUUGCGGGACGCGUAUUUAAUUUUUAGUUGAGCCCCUUAUAUGAGGAAUUUUAAUUUUCAUUUAUUGGUUUAACUUGUUGCAGGUAUCUGGCUGAAAAAUCGCCAAACUUGUUUCCAGAAGAUGUCUACUCAAGCUCUCUUUUGUGACAUCGAUGUGUUGCGUCUACAAAGCUAUACAACUCUCGAAAAUCUAUCGCUUCGUUUUAUUUUGCUGCGAUGUUCCAGUUUGUUAAAAGUUAAAGUGAACUUGAUCCCUUUGUGGGUAAAGUUUAAAGUUGACUUUUUGAACAAAGUACUUGCUUUACUGUAAAUAUCUCUCUAUCAUACGUAUCCCUGUAUGAUUUUAAGUUAUUAGAAAACGACUUUUUUGCGUACACUCAGGUUUGGGGAAACUUGAUCGUUUGUAAAUAAAUAGCAUCUUGUUUUCAUGGUUCAUUCUUUUGUUACUGUUUUCUAGAGUAGUGAUCAAAUGAUUUGUUUUCUAGGAAUUUCUUUACCCUUGUCUUAAUUAUCCACAAAAUAAAACUAUCGAGUUAUGUCGUCCGACCUGAGCACUUGUGUAGAGAAAGAGGGAUCCAUUCUGGUCGGAGCGCUAGCUGUCGGACUUACUGUUCUUUUUAUCCUCGUAGUUGUUUCAUACGACCACCCAAAGCCACGAAAAUUUUGGUCGUAUUCAAGAGGUUUUCAGGUAAUAAAAUGUAUUAGCGUUUUUUUACCUUUGGUCCGGUGGUUGGAUAAGCGAAGCGUUGCGAAGACUACUGGGUUGUAUUGUACUAGACAUUUGUUCCUUCCCAAAAGAUUCGUAGGCGCAAUGGACGACGUUUUUACGAUCUGUCACCGAAAAUGAAAUAAAUCGCCCAUGGUCUGUGGACGAGUAUAUUUCACGAGGAACCUCGACAUCAUAUAUUUGUAAUAAUUGGCUCUUUUCUGAAUAG